GCACAGGGAGCCUCUCAAGUUAAGCUAGGCUGUGCCUUCCUCUCUCGUACCAGGGCAAACAGGAGCGCCCCUUCCUGGGGUCACGAUGGUCUUGGAAGCAGUGAAGGCCAAACUGCAACGCUGGGGCCAGCGGAGCUGCCUCUGGCUGCUGGCAGGAUUAUACAGAUGGUGGCCAGCCUGCCUGACCCCUCCUUUCCGUUACAGGCUGCUGUUUGGGAUGCUGUAUCCUGCCUACGCCUCCUACAAGGCUGUGAAAACAAAGAAUAUCCGGGAAUAUGUGCGUUGGAUGAUGUAUUGGAUCGUAUUUGCCCUCUUCAUGGCUACGGAAACGGUUGCAGAUACCUUCAUUUCUUGGUUUCCCUUCUACUAUGAAAUCAAGAUGGCCUUUGUAGUGUGGCUCCUGUCACCUUACACAAAGGGGGCCAGCCUACUGUACCGCAAGUUCAUACAUCCUACAUUGACUCGCAAGGAGAAGGAAAUUGAUCAGUUCAUUGUUCAGGCCAAAGAGCGUGGUUAUGAGACCCUUGUGAGCUUUGGGAAGAGAAGCCUUAAUGUAGCGGCCACAGCUGCUGUCCAAGCUGCAACAAAGAGUCAGGGUGCCCUGGCUGGCCGACUGCGGAGCUUCAGCAUGCAGGAUCUGACUUCCAUUCCUGACACCAGCCCGGUUCAUUUUUCGGAUCCCCUCUACCUGGAGGAUCAGGAGCCGCGGCGGCCAAGAAUGGCUCGCCCUGUAGGACACAGAACUGUUAUCCGACAGUCGGAGUACGAGAGCAACGAGGAAGACUGCUGGUCAGAUUCUCAGCUCUCCCCUGGUUCUAGAGUCCGCAGCAAGGACCCUUUGAUUUCCAAGCCACUGUCUAGAACUCAGAGCCUUCGUCUGGUGAAGAGGAAACCUUCAACCAAGGAGGGUUCUGCUCGGCUGGUGCGAAGCCGCCCAAGAAAGAAGGUGGUGGAUCAAGACAACUAGGCCACUUCAGAGAAGAACCUUGGGCAAACAAGUUGGCACACGGAAGGGGGAUUCUAAUGGUGCUUCACAGCUUGUAUUGCCAACCCUGUUCAGGGAACUGUGAGUAGGGUCUUUUCCCCCCCAGUUAGACACAGCCAAAGUGGCCCCAAAUGAGCCACUUCUCAGUGCCUCUGGUUGUGCUGGGGCUGAGGAGGGUUCUGAAAAGAGCCUCUUGCUGAUGGUCCCAGAUGGUUGAGGGGAACCUGACAGCCCUUGUGUGCGGUUAGCAACUGAGCUGGCAGCAGCCUCCCCCCUGCCAGAAGUGGUAGCUUGACUCAGAAUGGCAGCUACGUUUUUUCCUCACUGGCUCUUCAGCUGUAUCUGUUGAGUAUCUUGCCCACUUGGGAUGCCUGUAUUAGGAACAGUCUCUCCCCCCGACCAUCUCAUGCCUUCACCAAUGCAAGUACGUGGCACUCUUGAAGUGGCAGGAGAGCAAGGGCAGCUUGACACUGUGCAUUGGCAUGCAGAAGCUGGGACAUCAUUUUUUUUUAAUUCAUGUGCAAUGCCUGCCAGCAUUUUGCAGACCUAUGAGCAGAUAUUCAGUGCAGCUUGUUGACCAGCAUCUCAGAACUUUUUGCAUUCCCCCUUCUAUUUAGGAUUGCAAGAAACCAAAGAAAGCCAGAACCUGACAACUCUUUGUGGGUCUGUCCUCCAAAGAGCCAAACUUGACUACUAAUGUGAUUUGAGUGUCUUCGUAUCUUGAGUGUUUUGAGUAUAUAUUAAUUAAAUAUGUGUUCUUAAAUCUAA